AUGCCUAUCUCCAAUGGAGACGCCUUUGGUAGUGCUGUCCAGCGCCUGGGUGGCUCCAUCGAGUUCCCCGACUACUCUAAGGCUUUGGAUGUGCUAAAAUCAGACUAUCAGUCCCGUGAUGGUUUGGGUAUUAAGGAUUUACUCGACUCAGACAAGCGUGGUGCUCUCACCUACAACGAUUUCCUAGUUCUUCCUGGUUAUAUCGGCUUUCCAGCUUCGGAUGUGAACCUGGAAUCACCUGUUACAAAGCGCAUAUCCUUGAAGGCCCCAUUACUUUCUUCGCCGAUGGACACUGUUACUGAACACUCUAUGGCAAUCCACAUGGCCCUCCUUGGAGGUCUCGGUGUGAUCCAUCACAAUUGCUCCGCCGAGGACCAAGCAGAGAUGGUGAGAAAGGUGAAACGAUUCGAAAAUGGUUUUAUCCUCGACCCUGUGGUCAUAUCCCCCAAGACCACUGUUGCGGAAGCAAAGGAUCUAAAGGCUAAAUGGGGCUUCGGUGGAUUUCCAGUUACAGAAAACGGUACACUUCGCUCAAAACUAGUUGGUAUUGUCACUUCUCGGGAUAUUCAAUUCCACCCCGAUUUAAACGAACCAGUCACCGCCGUUAUGUCGACAGAUCUUGUCACUGCUCCCGCUGGUACAACCCUGGCCGAGGCAAACGAAGUCUUGCGGAGCUCAAAGAAAGGCAAAUUGCCUAUUGUUGACGAAAAUGGAAAUCUUGUUUCUCUUCUCUCGCGAUCUGACCUCAUGAAGAACCUGCAUUAUCCAUUGUCAUCCAAGCUACCACACUCGAAGCAGCUUAUUUGCGCUGCAGCAAUUGGCACCCGCCCGGAAGAUAAGGACAGACUCAAGAAACUUGUCGAUGCUGGUUUAGACAUUGUCAUUCUGGACAGCAGCCAGGGGAACAGUAUGUACCAAAUUGAAAUGAUCAAAUAUAUUAAACAGACAUUCCCCGAGAUUGACGUCAUUGGCGGAAAUGUCGUCACCAGAGAGCAGGCUGCCUCCUUGAUUGCUGCCGGCGUUGACGGCUUGCGAAUCGGAAUGGGAAGUGGUAGUGCCUGCAUUACCCAGGAGGUCAUGGCUGUGGGACGCCCACAGGCCGCCGCUGUAUACAACGUUACCCAAUUUGCGUCUCGCUUCGGUGUUCCUUGCAUUGCUGAUGGUGGUAUCCAGAACGUUGGCCAUAUUGUCAAAGGUCUUGCUCUCGGAGCCAGCACGGUUAUGAUGGGAGGCCUCCUUGCCGGAACCACUGAGUCUCCAGGGGAAUACUUUGUCAGUCGGGAAGGCCAGCUAGUCAAGGCUUACCGUGGUAUGGGUAGCAUUGACGCUAUGGAGGAAAAGAAAGCUGGAGGCGGAGCCAAGGGCCAAGCCUCGAACACAGCUGGAACUGCCAGAUACUUUUCCGAGGGAGACCGUCUUCUUGUGGCCCAAGGAGUAUCGGGCUCUGUUCUUGAUCGUGGAUCUAUCACAAAAUUUGUGCCUUACCUCAUUGCUGGUAUCCAACAUUCCUUUCAGGACAUUGGCCAAAAGAGUUUGCAUGAGCUACAUGACAAUGUGAAUAACGGUACUGUCCGUUUUGAAGUCCGCACGGCAAGCGCUCAGGCAGAAGGUAAUGUUCAUGGCCUUCACAGCUAUGACAAGAAACUCUACUCUUAA